AUGGCGUCGUUGGAGAAAGAGUAUUUUUGGGGUAAGAUGUCUUUCCUGAGGCAUUUCGGCGUUCAGUGCAGUAUGUUUAUCUCAGAUCUUUUGUAGGUUGUGAGUUGAGCAAAGAUAAGAAGGAAUAUAAGUGGGAUUCGGAAGAUGAAGAACUUAGCAAAACAGACAUCGAGCAGAAGCUUGUCGUAACCCAGGUACACAUUAAUUAUCAUAGCAUGUGCACGUGUUUAUUUUCAAGCUUUUAAAUACCCAACUAGUCAUAUUUCAUUCUAAUUGAAAAAGAGUAUUUUAGAUUUGUAACUACUGUGGAAGUGGGUUCUAUGUUCAGAUAGCACGUAGCUUACUUUUCAGCUGUAGAGAUCGACGUGAGGCGAUCUGCAAUAAUCGAACUUAGACUUCCUGUGAGCAAGCAAACAUUGAGAUUUGGACAACUGUACUGUCUACACUUGGUUGAUGUUCUGUGUAUUUCAUUAAUCCUAAUCAGAGCUGCCGCCUCUGUUUUUUUUUUUUUUUUUCUCAGGCAUGUCUUGGUGCAAAAGCCAAACCUAACGAAAGAAAUCUUGUACAAGUCACCACAACAGACAGUAGUGAUAACUCAGUGAAAUUCACCAUUCUAUCAUUGGCUUCUGGAAGAAAAGACCAGGUGAAUGUUAAUCCUUUAACUCCAAAGAUCUGAUUUUCAAUUCUCCCCUCUAGCUACUACACAUUUCCUUGCAAAUUGAUUACAAGAAUUAGGAUGUUUAAUCAAGGUAAUAAAUUGUACCUGAUGAGUUUGAGUAUUCUUACUACCUGGUUGGAUACUAUAGUGAGAAGUUAAAGGGUUAAGAACCUGUAUUCCUCAUUCUCUUUCUUCUUUGGCAUUAUGAAUUGUAAGAUCACUGCCUUAAAAUUUGUCAUGCAUCUUGCGUCUUUGAUGUCCAUUAAAUGAACUUAUUUGAUCAGUAUUUAAUGUGAUUUAAUGGAAAUUGAGUACAUACACUUACGAUAAUAAUUAUGGACAAUCCUCAUUCCCAUGUUAAUUAGGCAUUUAAAGUCAGAAAGUUUUCUCUCUUAAUUUUGAUUGCCUGGGCUAUAAUUAUGUAUAUUUAAUUUUCUGAUGUGAAGAUAUUCCUCUGACUUGUACUUGACACUGUUCCCUUGCCACCAUAUUUCUGAAUAAAUACCUCACUUUUGCAGCCUUCAGUUACUGAGAUUCCAAAAGUUUUGAUGUCAGCCUCUAGUUAUUGAAAUUCCAAAAGUUUUUAUGUUCUUCAAAGUUUGAAUAUUAAACACCUAAGAUUAAUAACAGUUUCCUUUCAAGUUCAAAGAAGUUGGCUUGGAAAGAUUGGUUAAUUAUUAUUAUUGUUUAUUUUAUAUUCUUACUUAUUUUAUUUUUAGAGUAAGCUUAGUCUGGCAUUUCCAGCAUCAGUUGUUUUUAAGCUUAUAGAAGGUAAGAAUCUUUAUCUAAAUGUACAGGGCACUUUUCAGGGCUUUUUGGGUGCAUACACAUGUUCUGCGUGAUAUAACAGAGCUGUAACAUAAAUAUGUUUCACUUCUCUCAAAAGUCAUAGGCAUACAUUUAAAUAACUUCAUCUACAUUUAAAUGUAGAUGAAAACUAGUUCCUUUUUUAAUUUUAUUAAAUGUGAUUUAAGUGAGUUAACAACUAAGAGCAUCAGCAGUUACAGUCUGCAGUUUUGUUACAUAUGCAUGCAUCGAAGUUCCACAUGCUCCUUGUUUGAGGAAUUCUUGCAUGUGCAUCUAGUGUGAAUGUGCUGCGUUGUUUGGAGUGACAGCUCAUCAUCCAGGCAGUUUUUCCCACCCUUUCCCUUCCUCUUUCCACUGUUAAUUCAGUGUGAUGGGUGCCUGUUUCCCUUUCCUGUGUGGGAGCUUGUAACUGGUUUGCCAGGAUUUGCCAGUGAUGGUAGCAGUCUCCAUUUAAGAGCUGGCUGCCAAUAAUAGAAGCUCCUGGAUGUCUCAGGUACCCAACCUCAACUUAGCAAUGCAAUUGUUAAUCAGAAUUUGUAUCUAAAAUUCUUGAUAAGCACCAACUGUUCUCACUCUAAAUUAAACUAAAACUUAAACAUGAUAGACUAUUCUAUCUGUCUAUCCAACUUCUGUUACUCGGAACCUACAAUUUAUUUUACAUUUUAUUUGGAAGGGUAUUUCAAAACCAAUCUAAUCAUGUCCUAGCUAAAGAGAGCUUUUUUUUUCUUUAGGCUCAGGACCAAUUCACUUGACUGGUUCUGUAUAUCAAGGUAAGACGAUCUUACCAUGGUACUAAGACAAUUACACUAUAAUUUGCAUUCGCAUUUCCAUUCUUUUUUUCUUUUUCAAUCAAAGUUGCUUUGAUGAAUAGAAUUUAGGUCAAGAAAACCCCUUCUUUCUAAUUCAAAACUUAUAAACAUGCACACAAGUAAGGCAGUGUCAUGCUUGAUAAAGCCUGAGUAAAUGUCAUCUUCAAAAUUGUUUUCUACCUUUUUAAUUUUGCAGAACUAUUUAUGGGGGAUGACGAUGAAGAAGAGAGCGGUGAAGGUAUUUUGCUUUUAACCCUUCAACUCCCAUAAGUGACUGAGAUAGAAUUUCUCCUUACAAUAUCAAUAUCAAUACCAUCAAGCAGACUAGUGAUGAGAAUAGAGAAAAAUAUCAAAUAGGGGAUUAUAAGUUGAUCCAAUACCAAAUUCUCCAAACUAACAUAACAAGAACUGUAUGGCCAACAGAAAGGAGAAUUAAUAAUGAGAUCUUGGGAGUUAAAGGGUUAAAUGUAUUUUUAAACCUUGACCAAAACAGUAAUGCUCUUUACUUAUCAUAAAUUAGAAAAUUAAUUCAUAGACACAUACCCUUUCCUUUGUUAGCUGUUGUUUGUCAUCCUCAUGACACUUUCUGUAAGUUUGUUUGGUAUCAAUUAAUUUUUUUGUUGUUGUUGUUCAUAGAUGAAGAUGAGGAAUCUGAAGUAGUUUUAUCAGAGGCUAAGGAGUCUGCGAAGGUAAAUAAGCUGGGGUGAACAAGUUUUCUAACUGUUGUGUACAUAUUAAUAAUUGAGUUUCUAUCCUGUUUAUUGUUAUUAUUAUUAUUAUUUUUUUUUAUUUUUUUUUUUGUCAGAAGAGACCACUAACAACACCUAAGGGACCACCAACAAAGAUUGCUCGAGUUGAAGCUGGUUUGUGCUGCGCAUUAUCUAAAUGUCAAGGUUAGCAUAUUUGACUGGGGAUUCAAAGGUCUUGUUUUGAAGAUUUGACCCCUAAGAGUAACAAGAAUUUAAUUUCUCCUUAAAAUAUCACCUCAGAAUCACACAUUAAUGUUACAAGGUAAAGAAAAUGAUCACCAAGUAAAGAAGCUCUUGAUUGUUAAACACAUUCUCCUUGUCAGCACCUUAGGAAAUGUAUAGAGAACAGUAUGGAGAAUAUGCAUGCUGAUAUUAGGAUGUACUGUAAGAUUAAGGUCAAAAGGUCCAGCUGUUGGAUAAAACACUUUACUAUUACAAUUUUUUCUCCACCAAAGAGUGCAGUCUGGGUUCGAAUGAUGUAGAGAAGUGUAGCAUCCUCACUGUUUUAUGCCAAGGAAUUUGGGAGAAGUUCAUUAUCAGUUUGUUGUAUGCUUCUGCAUUAAUGUGGUCAUAUCUGAAUAUUAUCUGGUCCAUUUUUUAUCAGAUGGCGAUGAAGAAAGUGAUGAUGAUGAUGAUGAUGAUGAGGAAGAGGACUCAAGUGAAGAAUCCAUGGAAAUGGAAGCAGAUGCUAAACAGAAAAAACCUGCAGAGACUCCAAAAACAACUGUAAGAAAUAUUGACUGGCUUAAUUUGUGGUAGCUGUAAGCAAGUGGUAUAACAUUCAUUUGUGCCAACUAAGUGUCUUCAUUACAGAUAAGCAAACCAAGAUGUACAAGUAAUAUACAUAUGUUAGCCUAUAGGACCUAUAUGCAUACUAGUAUUGACAUAUAGACAUAUAAUUAAGUGUGCCAUUAGCACAGGAUAUGUUUGAGCAAUCCAAUUAAGGAAUGGGCAGUGCUACUGUAAUAGAUACUGAUGCUCAAGGUGCACCCAUUGUCUGUUGACUGUAAACUUUUCAAAGUUUUUGAUGGCCAGUAAGUUGUUACUUGUGUUCACUCUCCAAGAAAUUACCCAAUUAUGAUGGAGCUAUUACACUAAGGCUAAAGAGAAAUGCUUUGAAACAGAUUAUUUUGUGCAAAGCAACACCCAGGAAGUAUGAAAAUUCUUUUGCAGAAAAACAAACCAGAAGGUAAAGAUGCCAUACCAGUGAAGAGCACAAGUGAGGAGGAUGAGGAGGAGAGUGAAGAGGACAGUGACGAUGAUGAUGAUGAUGAUUAUGAGGAAGAAGAUGAAUCUGGUGAGGAUGAUGAUGACGAUGAUGAGGAUGAAAGUGAUGAAGAAGAUGAGAUUGCUGCCAGCUUAGCGGCAAAGAAAAAGGUUGGAGUUUUCCCUUUUUGAUCCCAUUGGAUCUUUCAGUUUUUCUUUCCAGUGCACAAUAAAGGUUAUUUGUAAUUCAAAUUUGCACAAUGUCACACUACGACCUCCAGUAACACCUCCCAUCACCCUCUGUUUGGCUUACAACCAGGUUUUCAUGUUUGGCAUUUUGUACACCAGGGGUAGCCUCCUAUGGAAAUAUUUAUUGAAAAACUCUACAUACAUUCAAGUUUGUCUGAAGUUAUGGCCAAAAUUUAGUCUUACUAUUGGUCUGACAAGUAACAGUUUCUUUUUCUUUUUUGAUGAUAACUGUUUCAAUUGCAGAUGGAAGGGAAAGCAAAUAAAAAGCCACCAAUGACAAAUGUAAGUUAAAAUACAAAUUGUUCUUUUGUAAUUCUUUUUAAAUAAGAGAGUAGAUGUAGCAGCUUCAAUUACAUUAAUUGUGCACAUCUCAAACAUGUAGUCAUGUGAGAUGCAGGCCUUCAUUUUGUUAAAAAUUUUAUUGAUUGGUAUUUGCCUUUGUAGGGAGUUGCUAAAGCAGACAAAAAGGAUAAAACAGAAAAGCAAAACAAGAUUCCAGCUCAACAGGUUUGUAUUCAAAUUUCAACUCCAGGACUUGGUCUUUCUUGGUCUGUCCAGAACAUGGUGAAUGUUUUUUAGAUCACCUUUCAACAUGAUAUCAUGGUACCAUUACACACUGCAUAGCACUAGUACAUAUUAAGCAAGUGUGAAAAAUUCUUGAAAAUCCAUUAAGUUACGGCCUGUGUUACUGUUGCAAAGAUUUUGUUAUGAGUGGUUUCAUUUAUAUAAUUAUACUGUUCAACUGCAACCUCUUGCUUUGAAAUUGUGUUCAUUUGAAACCAUUGUUAUAAUUUCUGUAGUCUAUAGGUGUAUAAAAUAUUUUAAGUCUUUACCUGUCUGCACAGAGGUACUUUAAUCAGCUAUGCUAAUCUGUUCUGUCCUCUUUCAAUGAUAGCCCAGUACACCAAAAACUGAUGGGAAAAAAGAUCAGGGGAAGAAGGCUGGAGCUAAAACUCCUGAAGUGGUAUGUUCCAUUGUUAUAAAGGCCUUAAGAAACUACCAUAAACACCUGCAUCUAAGGGGCACUUGAAGAUAAGCCACACUUCUAGUUUGGCAAACCAAAUUUUUGGAAAAAUUUGUAUUUGAAAAGAAAAUGAAGGGAUUACGAAGUGGAAUAUUGAGACAGUUGAUUUAUUUUGGUAUCUUCUUCAAACAUACAGUUUUACACAUACAUUAAAUCAUUAAGAUUGAAAACAAAGAGUGUCUGGUUACUGAUUUUUGCAUAAUUUAUAGAAAAAAAAUUUACAGGGUACCAUGACUUCCCCCCACCAAAAAAAAAAGAAAAAAAAUUACAUAGACCACAAUCUCAUCUUUUUAUUUAAUUGGCUCAAGAAGAGACAUUUUAGAGUAGGGCAAGGCCUGAAACUGGGAGAGAGAAUUACUUUUCCAGUCCAUCAGAUAAUUUUUUUGAUAGGAAUGAGACAUUUUCAAAGGUGACUUAACAUCACUUUCUGAUAAAACUAUUGUGCGUUUCCUUAGCUAUCUAUGGACAAAAUUAAAGAGAAGUUACUCAAGGUAAGGAAGUGUUUUAGUGUGAAGUGCAUUGUUUGUCUUUCACACAAAUAAAAUAGUUUUCUCUAGAACCCUUUUUUGUAACUCAACACCUCCUCAAUCAAACUUGGUAUUGAAAACUUUGUGCAAGUAGGUAAUGAGUUAGAGAUGAGUUAAGUGACCAUUUUAUUUUAUUAACCCUUUAACAUCCAAGAUCUGAUUGUAAAUUCUCCCCUGUAGCCACUUACAUAUUUCCAUGUAAAUUAGUUAAAAGAAUUUGUUGUUAGAUCAAGAUCAUAACUUCUACCUGAUGCAAUAAGUUUAAGCAUUCCCAUUCCCUGUUCACUGGAUACAGUUGGAUACGAUGGGAGAAGUCACAAGUUUAGAGGUUUAUAAGUUUCAGAAUUCUAGCAAUACACAUUAUAUUGUGUAUUGUUUAUUGGAUUCCCUAUCUUAGCAAAUACCUUACAUUACAUUACAGUGUUUUUGAAAAGUGACGUUUUGUUUUUGUUAUAACUGUCUUUUGAAUUGAAUUGCGUGAUUAUACGUUAAAGGUGUGAUUUGUUUUCUGUAGACACCAAAUCUUCCAAAGAAAGUGGAAAAGUUCAAGAACUAUUUGAAGCACUCAUACAAAAUCACAGAUGAGGCUGUAAGUUCUACACACUUAUGGUGUACUAACAAUGAGAAUAUGUUCAACACUCAGAGUUUCCAUGACCUUUGAUAUUUGAUUCACCAUUGAUACUGUGUGGAAAUUAGAUGCUAAUCAGUGGUUUUCUGUGACAAACAAGACUCGUUUGUUUUUGUUUGUUUGUCAUUUUUUAGAGGGGGGGAGAUGUAUUGAUUUUGGUUUUUAUUCUCCCCUCCCCCUCCCCCUCCCCCUCCCCCCCCAGGCUUAUUAUUUUCUGAUGCUACAGCAGGCUUUAUCCUUAAAGUAUAACACUCGUGCAAAAAAAGUGCGUUAUAUUACUCGAUUCCGUGGCAUGUACCUGGAAAAAAGCAAGGCAGACCAUAAGUCUGUUUAUUUGUUAAAUAAUUUGUUCGAAUGUUUGUUUUUCGCAGGAGUCAACGAAACUCUGGGACUGGUUGAAGGAGAACAAGUAGAAUCAAGACCUCUUCUCUUGUAUCCAUCACUCUGCCUAGAGAGUAAAUUAAAAUCGUUUUUUACAGACGUUUGGUUCUUGUGUUUUGUGAGACGACGAGCAGUUUCCCAAAUUAAUUCUGUGCGAGAGUCAAAGUAAUCUAACUGCGUGGACUCUUGGAGUGACGUACGCACGAAGGCGUUGAUUUUAGUCUAUAUUACACGCGCUCUUGCAGCGCCGACUUCAUUAUUUUAUCAGUUUUCUUUUAAAUCGCACAAUGGAUUAACUUGGGAGAGGAAACUUUCCAUCCUCUUGCACUUUGUUUAUUGAUUUUGAAUCAUAAUUUCUUAUUAGAGACAGUGUACAUGUACCUAGUGGAAAAGAAAUAUAUUUUCUGAAAUCUGAUUACCAUUAUGUCCGUUUCAUAGUGUUCUCUCCUGACACCACUUGAGCACAAAUAAACAGUAUUGACAUUGGAUGC